AUGCAGGCAUCAACCCAACCGCUGGCCGGCGAGACUGGUCGUGAAGAGCGGUCGCCCCCUCCGCCGCCUAUCACUGGCAAACGCAGUCGCUCGAGCCCGCCCGCAACAUUUACUAUAUUGAAACCAGACUGUCAAGCCCAUGACCCGACUGUGACAUUCGACGCCAUGAGGCGAUUCCCCAAAGGGAAUGGAAAGUACUUGAAAGCCUCUCAUACUUGGUCAUGGGCACCGGACAGCGUGCUCAAGACGUCCAAGUUUCGCGGCCGUCCUCGUACUGUGACCCGGCUUGAUAGCAUGGCCGUCGAUGACAACAUCACCACGAAUGGGGCGGACAGCAGCGAGCUGAAGCCGAGUCUCUUCGACGGUGUAUUCGAGCAUUAUACUCAACCUCUCGGAAUCCCGUCUGAUAAGUGCGAGUUUCUAGCUCGCGGGUUCUGGAUCAACUACGUGGACUCGACAAACUCUGGCACAGGCGACAUGGCCGCAGCUUAUGCGGCGUUGCAGACCUCUUAUCUUGAACUACCUGGCGCAAACGUUGCAGAUAUGGGUUACUUAGAACGCUUAUGGUACGCUAAGUACCAUGCCUCUCUGCUUGACGCCAUCAGUUAA